GUAGUUAUUUUAAACAUGACAGGAUUUUGCUUUCAUUUCUUUUUAGAACCUGCAGCAAAUACUGUUUUUCAGUGUCAAAGUAGUUCAAAGACUGUUACAAAAAAAUUAACUUCAGCUGUUGAUCAGUCUGGUGUACAAGAAAAUGGUGCAGAACAAAAGAGAGAUGCAGUGAUAACUAAAAGAUCAAGUAUUUGUGAUGACAAAGGAGCUAUAAAUGUGUCCACUCAAGGUUCAAUUAUUUCACCUGAACAUUCACCUACCAAAAAACAUCCCAGAACUUCACAUUCACUUGUGGAUCAAAAAGAAGAGGAAAUAAAUGGAAGGCUGCCCAAGUCAAGACCAAGCUACCACAAUGAAUCAGGACCUCAAACUCAUGCUGCAGCCCCUAUUGUCUCAAAUAUGCAACAGAAUCUUCUACAAAAUUGUGUGCCAGCGAAAGUACGUAUCCUAAAAUCCACUGAUAAAGCAGCAUAUUAAUUACACUUUUUAUACUGUUAUAGUAGAAAAACAGUUGUAAACCGGACACCUGAGAGUCAUGCACUGAAAUUUGCCAGUCCUUUGCCUUUUAUCCUCUUGAUGUUUACUUUCAGUUUAGUCUCCUAUUUCGUUAUGGUCUAAAGUUGCUAUUAAAAGGUAGUUGGUGCCCUAGCGUAAAGAGUCUAGAUAGAUCCGUCAGGAAACAAAAGGAGCAGUGUGGAGCUGCAUUUUGGACACAUUUCCUACACACACCCACUAAAUCCAUGGAGCAGUCAACACACACAAAGCUUUCAAUUCAAGGGAAACUUCUCAGUUUAAUAUCAUAAUGAGAAACUUUGAAAAAUGUAAUUCCAUUUACCUUGUUUCACUACAUCCAAAACUAUGUUGUAGUUGAUUUGCAACCAUUAUCUUCUCUGUUAAAAUUUAGCUUUUAUUAUUGGAUAUACUGAGAAAUACUGAUUUAUGGCACAUUAAUGUAAGAUUAGUGUUUUAUAAAGUAAUCUGUCACCCCAAAAUAUUUUCAAACCACUAGCCACUGUCUGUAACAUUAAUGAAAAAAAUCUAGUAGGAAUUUCAGAGACUAGAGCCAAACAAAAUGGCGUUUCUUGUGUUAAU